AUGCAUCCCUGCCUCGACAUAUCCAACAUUCAGCGCCUGCCCGCCGGAAUCAGGAGAUAUGCAGAAGCUGCAGUCCAAGACUCAUUCAAGUUCGAAAGCAUGCUUGCCCUGACAUUGCGCUACGACAAGCUGCCCGACGCUCAACGACUUCUCGUCCUACCGGUGUUAUAUCAUGCUCUCGACGAAUGCAACAUCCCCACCUCCCUCGACCUUGCUGAAACCCAACGCCACGCGUUGAAGCGGCAGAUUUUUGUGGUUUUGAAGUGUUUUCAGGGAAUGGGGACGUCAAUCGCUCGCGGGGUCGCUCCCAAAGACGCUACUCCGGAGAUCUGGCCCCGUAUCCUGGCAUGGGUACUCUUUCUCGAUGGGCUCUGGGAACAAAUACCGGCGUUCUACGUGGACGGCGGUCAGGAAGUGGUGCUCUUGAGGGUGCUCGGCAUCAUCGCAGAAUAUGCAGAUCCAGCUUUCUUCCAGGACUUACUAGAUAAGAGCGAACUCUUCGUCUUGGUGGGGAGCUUGUGGCGCCGUCUGACCUUUAAGCAAUACUCUGAUUCUCUUACUCGUGGGGAAGCACCGUUUCCGUACCUCAGUGACCUGCUUGUGGUGAUCCCCUUGGAGAGAAUCCGAGACAUCGCUAAUGCUAGAGUCAAUGUUGAUUUGGUGAUACACAAGACUUUCGAAAGCAUUCUCGCUGGUGCUGGGACAUUGUCAACAUUGGCAGAAAUGCUCGUUAUCAGCAUCUCUAGAACCGCCACUGAACCACAUCUAUACCUUAGAGGGCAAAAUCAACGGUCUUGUUUAUCGGAGCCUAUUCCGGACGUGAUCACUAUGAUCGGGGCCCUUUACGUUUUUGGCCACCUAAUGUGCUUUGGCAACUCGAUCGAACCGUCAUUCGCCCACCACCUCCUUGCGGCUGGCGUGAUUCCAGCGCUCGUCGCAGCAAUCAGAGCCGAAGCCUUCGAACCGGAUGCUGGUGUACCCACUGACACAACGUUUGAUCAUAGUACACUGCCAGUGCUUCGUCGCUGGCGCCUACUAGGUCCAAGUUGGGUUUUCAUUUUUCUCUCCAAAUUAAUCACCGAACCAGGACUUGAUCACCGCUGGAUGAUAGUCGAGGCUCUUGACGCUGGACUUCUCCAUAGCCUGAUUUGCCUCUGCGUUAACACCAAGCUCAUGCAGGAUGCUAGUGCAGUCUCUACAAGUAUCAUCAACGAGAACGAUGUCCUUGGCCCAGGCUGUUUCUCCGAUCAUACAGACAAAGUAAAGCGGCUGUUAGGACUCACGCUCCCCGCAUAUAGCUUCUACUAUUCGGUACUGGCGGCGUUGAGAGAUGCCUUUAUUGACGUUUAUGCUCUCCGCUCCGAUUUGGACGAAUAUUUGUCCCAGAUAUUCGACCCAGAACUACUUCACGUCUGGCACCUUCUUCGCCACCACGUCAACCAGUUGUUCACCAUUGCUGAAUACAAGAGUUCUGACUCAGCAGUGACUCGUUUCCGAGCGUGCGAUAACCUUGCGUGUAAUAAACUGCUUCCCCGAACACAACUUAAGCAGUGUUCUCAAUGCUUGGACACGCUCUAUUGCGGGCUAGCAUGCCAACGUGCGGACUGGCGGAGCUCUCACCGAGAACGAUGCAAGCUGCUUGCGCCACGGAAUCUCGAAUACCGGCACUUGUUUAUACGCCCCGAUCUCUCGUUCUUUCGCGCUUUGAUGACCUGUUCGUUCUCCCAGUACCGGUACAGCCUCUCGCUUUCACUUGCGAGGUUCAGGCAGAUGCACGGGACCCCCUUCCACGAGAUCUAUAUCCAUUUCACCUUCCUCAACGUCACGGAACGGCCCCAGCUAAAGAUCGUGGAUCUUGCUUCUGACGAAGCAACCCGAAUCCGAGAGCUGUUUACUGAUGUCAUUGACCGGGUUCGGGAGAGCGAGGGAAGGAUGCAGCUACAUGUGUUGGACGUCGCAUGCGGGCCGCAGGACGAGGAUGAUUCGGAUUCUAACGGAGACCCCCAGGAUCAUGAUAACAGGAUUUCGAUGCCGAUGCCUUUACGAUUCGCUAGCAAUCAGUAUUUCUCGAGGCUUAACCAUCUCGUAGAAUGCAACGUAGUACAACCGAUGGUUGAACCGCUAUAUUUCGCCGAGAUCCAACGCAUCACGGACGAAAUGGGUGGGUGGGUAUACUGA